UCUACGUCAAACUGCACAACACAACCACUCUUCUUCUCUAGGAAAAAAAAGAAAAGCUUUUCUUUCUUUUUGCCUUACUUAGUAACAAAAAUGUUCGUCGAGAGUUUCAAGGUUGAGAGUCCUAACGUGAAGUACACAGAGACUGAGAUUCAGUCCGUGUACAACUAUGAAACCACUGAACUUGUUCACCAGAACAAGAAUGGCGCUUAUCAGUGGGUUGUCAAACCCAAAACUGUUAAAUAUGAGUUUAAAACCAACACCCAUGUCCCUAAACUAGGGGUAAUGCUUGUGGGGUGGGGUGGAAACAAUGGUUCAACCCUCACUGGUGGUGUUAUUGCUAACCGAGAGGGUAUUUCAUGGGCAACUAAGGACAAGAUUCAACAAGCCAAUUACUUUGGGUCGCUGACCCAAGCAUCAGCUAUCAGAGUGGGGUCUUUCCAAGGAGAGGAAAUAUAUGCCCCAUUCAAGAGCCUGCUUCCAAUGGUAAACCCUGAUGAUAUUGUGUUUGGGGGAUGGGAUAUCAGUAACUUGAACCUGGCUGAUGCCAUGGCCAGGGCCAAGGUUUUUGAUAUCGACCUCCAGAAACAAUUGAGGCCUUACAUGGAAUCCAUGGUUCCACUCCCCGGAAUCUAUGACCCAGAUUUCAUUGCUGCCAACCAAGGAGACCGUGCUAACAACGUUAUCAAGGGCACGAAGAAAGAACAAGUUCAACAAAUCAUAAAAGACAUUAAGGAGUUUAAGGAGACAAGCAAGGUUGACAGGGUGGUUGUCCUGUGGACAGCCAACACAGAGAGGUACAGCAACGUCGUUGUGGGACUAAACGACACCGUGGAGAACCUCUUGGCUUCAUUGGACAGGAACGAGGCUGAGAUUUCCCCUUCCACCUUGUAUGCCAUUGCUUGUGUCAUGGAAAAUGUUCCUUUCAUCAACGGAAGCCCCCAGAACACCUUUGUCCCAGGCCUGAUCGAUCUGGCCAUCAAGAGGAACAGUUUGAUUGGAGGAGAUGACUUUAAGAGUGGUCAGACCAAAAUGAAGUCUGUGUUGGUGGAUUUCCUUGUGGGGGCUGGUAUCAAGCCAACAUCAAUAGUGAGUUACAACCAUCUGGGAAACAAUGAUGGUAUGAAUCUUUCGGCUCCUCAAACCUUCCGCUCUAAGGAAAUCUCAAAGAGCAACGUUGUUGAUGAUAUGGUUAACAGCAAUGCCAUUCUCUAUGAGCCUGGCGAACACCCAGACCAUGUUGUUGUUAUUAAGUAUGUGCCUUAUGUUGGGGACAGCAAGAGGGCCAUGGAUGAGUACACUUCAGAAAUAUUCAUGGGUGGAAAGAACACAAUUGUGUUACACAACACGUGUGAGGAUUCACUUUUAGCUGCUCCUAUCAUCUUGGACCUUGUCCUUCUUGCUGAGCUUAGCACUCGAAUCCAGUUUAAAGCUGAGGAUGAGGGUAAGUUCCACUCAUUCCACCCAGUUGCGACCAUCCUCAGUUACCUGUCCAAGGCCCCUCUUGUUCCACCUGGUACCCCAGUGGUGAAUGCAUUGUCAAAGCAGCGAGCUAUGCUGGAAAACAUCAUGAGAGCUUGUGUUGGAUUAGCUCCAGAGAACAACAUGAUCCUUGAAUACAAGUGAAGUACGAGAAAGAGUAAUGGUUUGGGUUUGGGAUAGUGAAGUUGAACGUGUCCAAAAUUAACUCAUAUUCCAAACCCCUCUUUUGUGUUAUUGUUAUGUAUUGCAAGCAAAUGUUAAAUUACAGAUCGUAGGAUCUGUCUCGUUUUGUUCCUGCCAGCUUAUUUGAUAGCAGGCUGUGGCUUAUCUAUGCAUGUAAAAUAAUACCAAGUGUUUUGUGCUUAGUAUA